AGGCUCCCUGGAUUCGAAUCCAGGCCCCGCCUUGACUCUGCUCGGCCCAUCCCGGCUGGAAGCAAGGGACACUCAGGACAACUCCAGCAGCACACGGAUCUGGCCACUCGAACGUGUGCAAUCUGAAAGCCGUCCUGUUUGGGAUCCCGUCUAGUCCACUGAACUUGAAUGCAUUCCCCAAUACGAAGCGUGAAGCGCCCUAAAAGGAGGAAGGAGAUGCUCAAGCAGGUCAAUGGCACAAAGAGCAGCCGGGCCCUCCAUCCGAGCAAAGAUGAGCACCGUCUUGGAGGAGAGGUGGAAUCGUUCCUAAGUGACGAGCGACAACUACAUCUCAUUGAUGACCUUACCAAAGUGAAUCCUGUCACCACCACAACUGUUCUCAGGUGCCUCCAAGCACGAUACGCCGCCCAUGUCUUCUAUACCAAGGCCGGCUGCAGCCUGGUGGCCGUCAACCCCUUCCGACCAAUUCCACCUCUCUACACACAAGAGCUCAUGGAAGACUACCACGCUGCCUCCUGCCUCCAGGAUCUCAAGCCGCACGUUUUUUUGGUGGCGGAGGAAACGUACCGAAACGUUGAGAGCCAGAUUCCGCCAGUGAACCAGUCCGUGAUUGUUAGUGGGGAAAGCGGGGCUGGAAAGACAUGGACGUCCCGCUGCCUGAUGACGUUUUACGCCACCGUCGCCGCCUCCUCUUCGGUCCCUAAAGGCAGCGUGACGGCGGAAAAGAUUGAGAAGAGAGUCUUGGACUCCAACCCCGUGAUGGAAGCUUUUGGGAACGCCUGCACCCUGAGGAACAGCAACAGCAGCCGUUUUGGGAAAUACAUCCAGCUGCAAUUGAACAGAGCACAGCUUCUCACCGGUGCGUCCAUUCAGACCUUCCUGCUGGAGAAGACGAGAGUGGCCUAUCAAGCCCCACAGGAGAGGAAUUUCCAUAUUUUCUACCAGGUUGCCAAAGGGGCCACCAAAGUGGAGCGACUCGAAUGGAGCCUUCCUCGUGGCGCCACGUUCUCCUGGCUACCGAAUUCUGAAAAAGCUCUCGAAGAGGACGACUUCGAUGUGACACGGGAGGCCAUGUCACAUUUGGGCAUUGACAGUUCCACGCAGAAUAACGUCUUCAAGAUAUUAGCAGGCUUACUCCACUUGGGCAACGUCGGCUUCUGUGAAUCGGAGGACGAGUCGCAACCUUGCACACUGGAAGCGCAUGCCAAAGACUCUGCGAAGACUGCCUCCCGGCUGUUGGAGGUGCCCCAAGAGCGGCUGGUGGAGGCGCUGAUCUUUCGGAGGAUCACGGCCGGGAAGCAGCGCCAGGAGUUCAAGAAGGCCUGUCCCAAGGCCGAGAGCGGGAUGCGGAGGGACUGCCUGGCCAAAACCAUCUACGCCAAGCUCUUCGACUGGCUGGUGGCGGUGAUUAAUGCAAACAUCUACGUAGAUCCUUCUGGGUGGAGCAACUUCAUAGGUCUGUUGGACGUUUACGGCUUCGAAUCCUUUCCGGAGAACCACCUGGAGCAGCUGUGCAUCAACUACGCCAACGAGAAGCUCCAGCAGCAUUUUGUCAGCCAUUUUCUGAAAGCACAGCAGGAGGAAUAUGCCCUGGAAGGCUUUGAAUGGUCCUUCAUCAACUACCAAGACAACCGAAGUUGUUUGGACGCAAUCGAGGGCAGUCCCGUGAGCAUCUUCUCGUUGCUGAAUGAGGAGUGCCGUCUCAACCGACCCUCCAACGCUGGGCAGCUUCAGACCCGAAUCGAAGUUGCUCUGUCUGACAAUCGGUGCGUCGGCCGGGACCGGUUUCGGAAGGAGCCGAAUUUCAUUGUUUCCCAUUAUGCUGGAAAUGUCUGUUACCGGGUGGAGGGCAUGGUCGAGAAGAACAAGGACCCCGUCCCGCCGGAAUUAGUCCUGCUCCUGCAACAAUCCCAAGAUCCCUUGCUUCAGGAAUUGUUUCCGCCGCCGCCUUCCAGAAGCAGUGAAGACAACGUCAAAACUCAGACCAAACCAGCGGUGGUUACAGUCGUCUCAAAAUUCAAGGCUUCCCUCGAGCAGCUGAUGGAGAUCCUGCACAGCACCACUCCACAUUACAUCAGGUGCAUCAAGCCCAAUGCCGAAUGUGAAGCCGACCUCUUCCGACAAGAGGAGGUUCUGUGUCAGCUGGAGGCCUGUGGUAUUGUGGAGACAGUGAGCAUCAGCGCGGCCGGUUUCCCAGUCAGGAUGUCAUUUGGAAGCUUCCUAGAGCGUUACGAAGUGCUAAAGAAGUCCCAAAAGCCAAACCUCAGAGCUGUGAAGCACCAGGAAAAUGGCUUCCCUCCUGUUAUAGGAAACGGUUGCACAGCAGCAUCUUCAGAGGAGGAGGAAGAAGGGGCUGCCUUAUGCUCGGCGGUCCAAAGCAUCCUUUGGCAAACGUGUGCCAGCGCCCUUCAGCCUCAUGCGAAUCCAGCGUACUGUGGCAAAACCAAAGUGUUUAUGACCAACGCUAUGUUGGAACUCCUCGAGGGCCGGCGAAUGAGCAUCUUCUCUGCGGCGGCCUUCUGCAUCCAGCGCUUUUGGUGGAGGUUUAAGAGGCGGAGGCAGGCAAAGCGGUCGCGGAGUGCCCUCGUCAUCCAAUCCGGGGUUCGCUCGUGGAUGGCCAGGAAGCGCUUCCAGGAAUGGCGCAAGGCUGCUGCGGUCGUGCAAAGAGCAUGGAAGAGAUGGAAGGCCAAGAGGGACGCGAAGGCAGCCGAAGAGCUGGACGGCAGUGACGGUGGAGAGGCCUUCCUUGGAGCAUCUCUUCCCGUGAAAUGUAGCCAUCAGGGUACCUCUGUCGUCCGGUUCUGGCCCCUCGGCUUCCUCCCGUCGAUGGUGCCUUCCGGCCCGGGAUGUUUUUGGCAAAACCUCACCCUCCUGAACUGCCUCAGGAUCCUGCAGAAGAACGACUUGCCCGUAGCUGGACUCCGGAGCCGCCCGUCGCACGGUGUCACUUCUGUCCGUGCCAUCCCACAGGGCUCCAUCAAGUUCCGUUGCCGGAAGUCGCCGCUGCUGUUCGCGGACACCAGGCCCGACGUCGACAUCGUGACCGGCUUCAACCAGAUUCUCCUCGACAAGCGACUCUCGGCUUGAAAGCGGACUCGUGAGCCGGGGAUAUCGUGAGCAUUGACGGCACUUUAACUCUCCUCUUUAUAAGGAACCGAGCUCUCUCUUUUAUACUGUGUUGUGACUACGCGAAAGUCCUUCCUUCAUUAAACCUUUCCUUUGACAGGAUUUUAAGAAGAAAAUUAAGGAAAGGAAGCCAAAUAUGCUUUGAAUACUCAGGAACCGUUUUCAGACUCAGGACAAUAUUCAACAGUUCUUCUCCCGUCCUCUGUUCGUUCCCAAAAGUAACACCAAAGAUUUUAUUUUGAUUUUGCAACAAGCAAAAUGGCUGCCUUUCCCUCUUGCAGUUUCUCCCCAGUAAAUACACCAACGAAUAAAUAAUAAACUUUAAUGAUUUCA